AUGUCUGGAGCAGUCCCUGAAGAUGCAAGGAUUUGUGAGAGCCUCGUUCUUCUCCCCGAGUUCGAGCGGCCGCAGGAGGAGCUGCCGCUGGAGCUGCGCGCUAGCGGCGGCCCUCAGCAGGGCUGUCCCGGCCCGGGCGGCGGCGACUACAGCGCCAUGCCGGACGCCGUCAUCCGCAUCAAGGACUCCAUCGCGGCCGGCGCCGGCUUCCUGAGGGCGCCGACGGCCGUGCGGGACUCGCGGGAGUGCGUGGCGGCCUGCUGCGCCGAGCCGCGCUGCUCCGUGGCUGUGGUGGAGCUGCCCCGGCGGCCCGCGACCACGGACACCGCGCUCGGCUGCUACCUCUUCAACUGCACCGCGCGCGGCCGCAGCGUCUGCAAGUUCGCGAUGCGCCGCGGCUACAGUAGCUACAGCCUCAGCCGCGCCCGGGAGGGCGGGCAGCAAGGCCUGGAAGCCGGCUUCCCGUCCACCGCCUGGGCCUCGCCACGGCUGGGGGGAGUUUGUCUAGGAAUUCAGUUUCGUAGAUGUUCAGAGGUGAAAAUAGGUGACCUGUGGGGUCGGUCCUCAUUCUGGAAAAACACUGCCAUGCUCACACUUCUUCAGGUCCCCAGCAACAUGGAAAUGUGGAGACGCCCUCACUCCCCUCUGCAGCUAGGAGAAAAGGAUGAGCCUCCAGUUAGCAAGGCCGGGCAGGAUGUGGUUUUGCGCCUGCCCACCGACGCGGUGACUUUGGAUGGCCGUGAAAGCACAGAUGACCAUGCCAUCGUCCAGUAUGAGUGGGUGCUGCUGCGGGGGGACCCAUCAGUGGACAUGAAGGUGCCCCAGUCAGGAACCCUGAAGCUGUCCCACUUACGGGAAGGAACAUACACCGUUCAGCUCACUGUGAUGGACACUGCCGGGCAGAGAAGCUCCGACAACGUUUCGGUGACAGUGCUGCCCAUGGCCUUCUCCACGGGAGGAUGCUCGAACGUGUGCUCACGCUACCACUUCUUUUGUGACAAUGGCUGUUGCAUUGACAUCACACUGGCUUGCAAUGGAGUGGAGCAGUGUCCUGAUGGGUCCGAUGAAGCUUUCUGUCAAAAUCUGAGCCUUAGCCAGGAGAUGGUGACUCACACAGCAGCCGCCCAGCCGGGAACCACAAGACUGAGCAAAGGUGCAGGGGAGGGCUCUUUGUUGGACAAGUCUCAGGAAGCCACUGCCCGAAACUGGCCACCUGUGUUAUCAAACACGGAGAAGAGGAAUCACUCUGCCUUUUGGGGACCAAAGAGUCAAAUCGAUCCUGGGAUGCCAGAGAGUGCUUCCUUGGGGAAGAACAGAAAAGAGGAAAAUUAUGUUUUUGAGUCGAAGAGCGAUAGAGGAGAAGGGGAACACCCAGCCCCAGAAACAGGUGCAGUGCUGCCCCUGGCCCUGGGUGUGGCCAUCACUGCGUUGCUGCUUCUCAUGGUUGCUUGCCGACUGCGCCUGGUGAAACAGAAGCUUAAAAAAGCUCGUCCCAUUACAUCUGAGGAAUCUGACUACCUCAUCAAUGGGAUGUAUCUAUAAGUGUAACUUAAAUAGUUGGGGCAAGGACAUGUGUCAUUUAUAAUUUAUACACAUAUUGGGUUCUGGCUAUUUAUAACUUUUGUUUUUAACUGGGCUAAGAAAACUACUAAAAACCUAGAAGAUUCUACAGUCCUUAAAUCUUUGUUCUUAUUUAUUGUAGAAAGACUUUCCUUAGGAGGUAUGUGAAAUAUUUGAAAUUUUAGAGAAGAAUGCAUAUGGUUAAAGACUUUCAUAAAUUUGAUUUAUGUUAAGCUGUCCCUGAAAAUAGAAAUUUGCAGUUGGCCCAGGCGGAAAAUUUAGUAUCUCGAGAGGUGGCCUUAGAACAGCAGUGUUAAUAACCCUUUACUUUUUAGAAGCCAACCAUUGGCCCUGGCAAUCCCGUACCACCUUAUCCACAGCUUUCUCUUGUUCUGGGCCCGUUCUUCACCGUAAGCUUCCAGCGCUCUCCUUUUUCUUGUCCCUCCAUAAACCUGUUUCUGAGAAUGGCCCUCAGGUGAGUUUAUACUUUCAAUGAGCUGCUACCUUUGGCAGGAAUAUCUAAAUGAUAAACCUCAUGAACCAGUCAGUGAUGUCUCAGGGAAGGGGAAUGUGUAUUCUUUCCAACGCCUCUGACAUCUUGUCAUGUCGUGGCUGCCUCAUUAGGCUGACCUUUGGGAGAAAAAAAAUUCGGACUGGAUUACAAAUAGCUGUAACAUGGUCACGAAGAGAUAAGGGAAAUCAAGGUGGAAGCAGAGAACCUGGCAGGCCAAAAUUUUUGGCUGAGGGCAAAAUGAACAAGGACAAUUAGUACUUUCUUAUAUUUGCUCAACACAGCUUGAUGGUCCAGAACAUAGUUCAUUUUUAUAGUUACCAGUUUUCAACAUUAGUCUAUGUUGGUGGAAGAGAAAAAUGCACUUAAAUCGAAAUGCAGAACACUGGUGGAUUUCUGGGUGCUGCUUUUGUAAAAAUGUCACGUUUAAGUAUCAGCUGGUUCUUUCAUCCAAUGAAAUGAGCAGUUUCUCCCAUUAUUUAAUGCUAUAAAAUGGUAUAAUGUGCAGUCAGCUAAUGCCAGGCUUAUGUAUUCCCAGAGCAUAAAGCAAUUUUGCAGAUUCAUUUGUAUUAAAACCAGUGUCCAGUUUAGCAUCUCUUUUAAUUUGUAGGAUUUUAAAGGUUAUUCCCAUCAUCACUUAAUACCAAGAUUAUACAUUUUCUAGAAAUUAUUCUACUGAGAGGAAUGUACAGUGUGGUUCCCGUCUACAUGCACAUGAUGUUCCUAUUUACAUAAUGGGUUUUUUUUUUUUUUUUUACAUCGUACAGGUGACAAAUCUUUUAAAAUUCUUGAAAAACUCUAGAACUCAUUACUUUCAGACUGAACCUGAAACAGGUUGUUCCUUUAGCAAAGAGCUUAAUUUGGGUUGGAGAUAUAACAGAAUACAUUGACAAAUGAAAAGUUAGUUCUAGAAAAAUGAAGAAAUUGGUUAAUUUUCUGAAAGAUUCAAGUAUUUUGUUAAAUGUUUGGAAUUAAGCAAAGAUUUAAAUUUCUCAGGGGCAGUUUAGAGAAAUGACUGAGUGAACUUAAGAUGUUUGUACUCUACAUGUGAUGCUGUACACUGUUUUUCUAUGGAAGGAUGUCACCUAUAGCCAUACCCAAUAAAAUCUGUCAAGGCAUGUCUUUCAGCACAUGAAGAAAUUAUACCCCACUUAGUAUUGCUAUGGUGUUAAAAUACUUGAGAAAAGAUGUCCCAUAUCUGUGUGUAUAUUCCUUUAAUAAAUUGUAUUUUAUUCUUAAGCCUUUUCUACAACUUUGAUGUAAUCGUUAAGUUGGUAGUAUUUACUGAGCUGUUACUGUCUUCCUGUAUUUAAUCAUCUCAGCCUUAUUUUACAAAGAGGGAAAUUAAGGAUUAGGGAAGGAGAAUCAAGGUCUACAAAAAAUUUCUAUUGUCAGAUGGACUGAAUGGGACUUUUUAGUCACCUUGCCUGUUAUCUGAUUGAAGGAGUUCAUCUAAGACAAUUUAAAAAUAAUUUUAAAGAGAAAGUGGUCCACAAUUUACCUCUCAAACAUGUUGUGUUUCACAUUUCAUUUCCUGAGAAAAGGCCCACCUAAGCCAUCUUUCUGAAAAAUUUUUCCUUUAAUUCUCAGUAGGUGGACUACAGCUACUCCAUCCUUCCACAAACACUUUAAUGUUCCAGGUCACCUGAGUGUCAAAUAUGUUCUCCUCCAUAGGAAAUAACAGCAUUUUUUCAUCCUUCUCCCACUGACUUCUCAAAAUCUGUGGUUUGGCUGCACCAUUUCUUGUCAUACUUACCAACACCUUUCAGGCAUUGACGGCCGUCCAUGUUACACUUCACUGCAUUUUCCCAUGACCCGAACACAAGAGAUGCGUAUUUCUACUUGUGCCUCAGUUUUUCUGUUCACGGCUGAAUUAACUGGACUUUAUCUAUAUAAACCUAUGUACUGCAGUGUGAUGUGCCUCAGACCACAGGCUCUGUCCUUACUUUCACAUGUCCCAUCAACAUCACAUUGAUGAUGCUAUGUCACAUAAGCAUCUGAGCCUGAGAUUCUGUGAUUUAAGGUCACUAUUAAAAUAUAUAUCAUCCUAGAACAAUUUCACAUUGUUUUUUGCUCCCUUCGUAAAAAUGUCACGUUUAAGUAACAGCAGGACUUAACUACAGUUGUUUUCUGGACCCCAGGUUUUGUACAACUGUUGGCAUUAAAAUUGAAUGAGAAUUUCUAACAAAAAAAACCCCUGCCCAACCUGAAUAGAGAGGCAGCAGCUUAGUUUGCAGUUUGCUGUUCACGAAUGUUCUCAUCUCCCUGGCUUUUUCAACAACUGUGUUGCUGACUUUUUUCUGACCCCAUUUUCCCCACUUUUGCCCUACUUGAUUCUAGUAUUCUAAAGUACAUAUUUCAAGUUAUAGCUACUUUAAUGGCAAACACAGAUUCUUUGGCUAAAUAUGAAACUAUCGAAUAUAAAAGACUAGACACCCCAAAGCUGAAUGUAUUCAGGAAUCGACUGAAUAAGGUUAUAACUGAGCCUGCUCCUACACUUUGUUUAGUUCUACGUCUUCCUUCCUACUUAAAUCCUCAGAUCACAUCAGUUUUCUCAUCUUGUAUGCCAAACUGGAAAGAGAUCAACUUACAAUAUCAUUCGGCUUAAAGAUCUUUUUAUAAGGUUAUUUCAAAAGUUAGGAAACUUCUCAAAACAAAUUCAAAUACAAAAAUUAUUUUAACUUUUACCAAAAUGUUUAAGAAAAAAUUGUGUUGGGUAUAUGGACUUUUAAAAAAAUGUUCUCUUUCAUUUCAUAUGACUGAAGACUCAAAAGUUCAAAUAAAUCAAAAGGCAAUGUUAAUAUUUAAAUGAGGCACAGAUUUAGAUAAACCUCUGAAUGUAUUAUCUAAAGAUUUAUGUGGAGAAUAAAGAAAUCAAAACCAUGAA